UUCCGAUUUUAUCCGCUCUACAAUUUUCCUGCGCAUGCUUAGCACGUUGAAAAUUUGAGAGGGGAAAACAAAAAUGGCGGAAGAACAGGAGUUACUACAACUGGAGCUCCUGUGUAAACAACUGUACGAGACGGCAGAUGCCAAUCUCCGGACUGAAGCAGAGAAAGCACUCGUCUCAUUUGCAAAUUCUCCAGACUGCUUGAGCAAAUGUCAACUCUUACUGGAAAGGGGAAAUUCACCGUAUGCGCAGUUACUGGCAGCCACAACACUGACUAAGCUGGUGUCAAGGCCAAAUGUGACACUACCCUUGGAACAGAGAAUCGACAUUCGGAAUUAUGUUUUGGGAUACCUGGCAUCACGCCCCAAAUUGGUACACUACGUGUUACAAGCACUUGUGCAGCUUUUUGCUCGGAUAACCAAACUUGGCUGGUUUGACAUUCAAGACAAAGAUUAUGUGUUCCGUAACGUCAUCACAGAUGUCACCAAGUUUAUACAAAGUGGGUCCACCCAGCAUGUGAUGAUUGGAGUACAACUUCUGUCACAGUUGGUGUGUGAAAUGAACCAAGUCAGUGAGGAGGAUGAUGAACGUGAGGCUGACUCCAGUAGGUCGCUGACCAAACACAGAAAAAUUGCUUCCUCCUUCCGCGACCUCCAGCUGUUUGAGAUAUUCCAGUUGUCCUGUGAAUUAUUGCAGACUGCUGCCGGGAACAUCAAAAGCAUGGACUUCUCUGAUGAUUCACAGCACGGCUUGAUCUCCCACGCCCUACGAUUGGCCCACAACUGUCUUACCUUUGACUUUAUCGGCACCUCCACUGAUGAAACAGCUGAUGACCUGUGUACAGUUCAGAUACCGACAGGCUGGCGGUCAGCUUUUCUAGAUGGGGCUACAAUGGAGCUAUUCUUCAGCCUCUACUCCAGUUUACCCCCUUCACUCUCAUCCAUAGCCCUAUCCUGUCUGGUACAAAUAGCGUCAGUGAGGCGAUCGUUGUUCAACAACACAGAGCGUGCCAAAUUUCUCAACGAGCUAGUGACCGGCGUUCGCAACAUUCUAGAAAAUCCACAGGCUUUGUCUGAUCCGAGUAACUACCAUGAGUUUUGUCGCCUGUUAGCAAGGCUAAAAACAAAUUAUCAGCUGGGAGAGUUAGUCAAGGUCACAAAUUAUCCGGAACUGAUCAAACGGAUUGCAGAGUUUACUGUGACCAGUCUGAGGCAAAUGUGGCAGUUUGCGCCUAACAGUGUACACUACCUGUUGAGCCUGUGGCAGAAGAUGGUGGCGUCCAUGCCGUACGUGAAGGCUAACGAGCCCCACCUGCUGGAGACGUACACCCCGGAGAUCUUCAAGGCCUACACUAUGUCCCGCCUAGAGUCGGUCACCGUGGUCAUCAAAGACGGAUUAGAAGAUCCAUUAGAGGACCAGGGAAUGAUCAAUCAACAGUUAGACCAGCUCUCUACCAUUGGGAGGUGUGAAUACGAGAAGACCUGUGGUCUCCUGGUUCAGCUGUUUGAUGAGGCAGCCCAGCGGUAUCAGGAGGCCAUCAAUUCAGGAACCCAGGGGGUAGAAAUUACGAUACAAGAAGGUCGAUUAUCUUGGUUAGUGUACAUAAUAGGAGCAGUGAUAGGUGGUCGGAUCUCCUUCGCCAGCACAGACGAUCACGACGCCAUGGACGGGGAACUAGCUUGUAGGGUUUUACAGUUAAUGAAUUUAGUGGACUCUAGGAUUGCCCAGUAUGCCUGUGAAAAACUAGACCUUGCCAUAUUAAGCUUUUUUGAACAAUUUAGGAAAAUUUAUGUUGGGGACCAAGUUCCUAAAAUGUCUAAGGUUUAUCGACGGUUAUCAGAAGUGUUAGGAUUAAAUGAUGAAUCUAUGGUACUGAGUGUUUUUAUUGGUAAAAUAAUUACAAACUUAAAAUAUUGGGCCCGAAGUGAACAAAUAACAUGGAAGACCCUGCAGCUUCUAAACGAUCUGUCCGUGGGCUACAGCUCUGUCCGAAAAUUAGUCAAGCUAGAUGCUGUACAGUUUGUUUUAAGUAAUCAUACGAAUGAACACUUUCCGUUCUUGGGUUUGAACGCAAACAACCGUUCGUUCGCUGACAUGAGGUGUAGGACCACGUUUUACACAGCUCUGGCUCGCCUCUUAAUGGUCGACCUCAGAGAAGAUGACGAAGACAAAUAUGAAGAAUUCAUGGUCCCUUUAACAUCUGCGUUUGAGUCGGUGGGCACAAUGCUGACAAACAUGGACACGCCCCAGAAAGAGGAAGAAGCCAAGAGAGCAGUGGUAGGACUUGCCCGAGAUUUGAGGGGCGUGGCAUUCGCCUUCAACACCAAAACAAGCUACAUGAUGUUUUUUGAUUGGAUAUACCCGUCCUACACACCCAUUCUGCACCGGGCGAUCGAGGUGUGGUACCACGACCCGGCGGUCACCACCCCUGUACUCAAGCUGAUGGCCGAGCUCGCUCAGAGCCGCUCACAGAGACUCCUGUUUGACGUCUCCUCCCCCAACGGCUAUCUCCUGUUCAGGGAGGUCAGCAAAGUGAUUGACAGCUAUGGGUCAAGAAUAUUAACAAUAGGAGAAGUUCCAAAGGAUCAAGUCUAUACUAUGAAAUUGAAAGGAAUCUCGGUGUGUUUCUCCAUGUUGAAGGCGGCCCUCUGUGGCAACUAUGUCAACUUUGGAGUGUUCCGUCUGUAUGGAGAUAACGCGCUGGACAAGGCGUUUGGAAUGUUUGUCAAGCUCCUGUUGUCUGUGUCCCAGAGAGACCUGAUGGACUACCCCAAGCUGAGCCAGAACUUCUACAGUUUGCUGGAGUGUCUGGCCAACGAUCACAUGGCUUUCAUCAGUAGCUUAGAACCCCAAGUCUUUCUCUACAUCCUGGCCACCAUAUCUGAGGGUCUCACAGCUCUAGCAUACAAAUGGAGCUCUAUCCAAGAUACCAUGGUUUGUACCGGAUGCUGUGCCACGCUGGAUACAGUCAUCACCUAUCUGUUCAAGAACCUUACAAUCAAAAAGAAGAAACGAAAUCACAUGCAGCAGAACGAGGCUUUUCUCCGAAUCCUAGAACUUCACCCAGAAAUCCUUCAGCAAAUGCUGUCUACAGUACUCAAUAUUAUCAUGUUUGAGGACUGUCGGAACCAAUGGUCCAUGUCAAGGCCUUUACUGGGUCUUAUUCUACUUAAUGAGGAGUAUUUUAACAAAUUGCGGGACAGCAUCAUAGCCAGCCAGCCCCCAGACAAACAGCAGGCCAUGGUCCAGUGCUUCGAGAACCUGAUGAGUGGAAUUGAGAGGUCCCUACACACAAAGAAUAGAGACAAAUUCACACAGAACCUGUCGCUGUUCAGGAGAGAUGUGAACGACUCGCUGAAGGCGGCCAACGGACAGAGUCCCACCCACUGUACACAGUUCCUGGACAUGAUGAGCUAGUACACAGCAGGCUGUAUGUCAUGUGACCUCAUCAUGUGAUACAAUGAGCCAAUCAGACAUGUGUUCACAUUGACAUUCCUUAUCAUGUGUGAAACAGGCUGCGAUUGGGGCAUUUGGGACAAUGUGAUUGGUUUUGUGGAUUUUCAACUUUCAAAGGUGGUGAAAUUGGUGCAUUGGUCUGCUAUCCCUUCUUUUUAUAUGGAUGAGGAACGAGGGUGUUUGGAAUGGAUGUGACUUAGGUGUAUGGAAUCAAUUGAAGUGCUAAUGGUAAUAGACUAGGAGCCGUGGCUGUGUAGGCGUGUGUAUAUCAGUGCUAACUGUUCAUUGUUAUGGGUUUUAUUAUUCAAUGUUAUAGUGCCAUAUGUGUGGUACUAAUGCACCGCAUGGUGUGGAAUAAAAAUUCAAACAAAUGCCA